AUGGGAAAGGUUCGGAGGCUUUCCAAGCGAGCAACGCCAAAAUUAGACAGGAUGUUGGCCGGUGCGUUCGAAGGCCAAAUCCAGCUGCUGGGAAGUAUGGAUAUACCUUAUUACGCCCCCAACCAAUUGCCGAACGAUUCCAAAAUCAUCACAAGAGAUUUCCUGCAAAACAACUUGGUGACAUCUAUCCCAUAUCUUGUUGUCAUCGUCUUGGCAACAUUACUUGGGACCAUAGGCAACAUAUUGGUGAUUGGAGCCGUUCUUUCGAAUAAGGUACUGCGGACGGAAGGCAACUGUUUCAUCUUAAACUUGGCCAUUGCCGACAUUAGUGUCUCCUGUUUCGUCGACCCUAUGAGCAUCGUAGGUGUCAUCAAAGGGGAAGCCUUCUUUCACUACCAGCCGAUCCUGUGCGAGCUGAUUGCCAGUGUAUGCCUUACAGCUUGCUUCUGUUCACUUCUCAGCAUCGGCGCCAUCAGCCUGAACCGGUACAUCCACAUCUGCCACCACAACAACUACGCGGCCAUCUAUACGAAAAGGAACACGAUUCUGAUGUGCUUGGGGUUGUGGGUUCUCUCCUUCAUGUUGGAGAUGCCAAACUUCUUUGGGUGGGGCGACCACGUCUACGACCAGAAGACACUGAACUGUGUAUGGGACAGAUCUGCCGACUUUAGCUACACAAUGUUUUUCUCAUGCGCGGGAGUUUUGUUCCCUCUCGUCAUCAUUUCAGUAUGUUACUAUAAGAUUUACGCCUGCGUCGUACGGAGUAAGAGCAGAGUUGCUGCGGCCUCUGCUGCGGCCGCUUCCCAAGUGAAAAACGAUUUUGAUCGGACGAAAGAUAAGAGGGAAUCCAUCCGGUUGUCGCGGACUUUAUUCGUAAUCUUUGUGGUGUUCGCCGUGUGUUGGUCUCCUUACGCCAUCAUCGUUGCAGCGGACAUCAACGACGCGUGGCCCCGAGAGGUCCAUCUCUAUUCCAUUCUUCUUGCUCAUUCUAACUCCAGUCUGAACAGUUUAGUGUAUGGAAUCACCAACAGGCAAUUCAGAAGGGGCUAUCGGAAGUUCUUGAGGAUGGACAGAUGGAAUAUGUCGAACACUAUUUCAUUGACGGAGACCAGGGGUAAUACGUUUGAUAACAACGAAACAGCUUUAUAA